AUGCCGGCUGUGCAUCUGGGUGCGAUCACCGAGCUUGGAACUGGAUUUUACCCAGAAGGAGAAUUCGCGGAUAUGCUGGCCGUGAUCUCCACACACCCCGUACUCGAAGCGUUUCGCGUUCUCAACCCCCCUACGGUCAAGUUUGACGAGGAUGAUGAUGCCAGCGAAUCGGCACCUGUGAGGGCACAAGUCUACCUCUGUCAAGUACUCAUGCAACACUUUGCGAACAAGAUCCUCCGAUACAUGGCUGACCGAGGAUCUAAUCUACGGGUUCUCAUCAUCAAGCCUAGCUCGGAGAAUGUUCGAGUUAAUGGGGAAGAAUUGCAUGUCGAUACUAAUGGUCACCGAUGGCCCGAAUAUCACUACGCCCGAGGUCGGCUCGCAGAAGUCACGGGCACGAAUGGAGUGGUUGCGCAUCCUUUGAGGAACAUUCUACUGGACUUUCCUGAUUUGGUGUCGUUGCUCCAUUGA